AUGGAUGACCGCUCGAAAGCACUUGAAUUUUACGAAAAAGCAUAUAAAAUCUACGAAAAAGCAUAUAAAAUCUGCGAAAAAGCUCUACCUCCAAAUCAUCCCGAUUUGGCUACUUCCUACAGCAACCUCGGUCAAGUAUAUAGCAACAUGGGCGACUACUCGAAAGCACUUGAAUUUUACGAAAAAUCACAUAAAAUCUACGAAAAAGUUCUGCCUUCGAGUCAUCCCGAUUUGGCUACUUCUUACAGCAACAUCGGUCAAGUGUAUAACAACAUGAGAGACUACUCGAAAGCACUUCAAUUUUACGAAAAAGCAUAUAAAAUCUACGAAAGAGCUCUACCUCCGAAUCAUCCCAAUUUGGCUACUUUCUACAACAACAUCGGUCAAGUGUAUAACAAUAUGGGCGACUGCUCAAAAGCACUUGAAUUUUACGAAAAAUCACAUAAAAUAAAGGAAAAAGCUCUGCCUCUGAAUCAUCCCGAUUUGGCUAUUUCCUACAGCAACAUCGGUUCGGUGUAUGAAAACAUGCAUGACUACUCGAAAGCACUUGAGUUUUACGAAAAUGUUCUCGAAAUCACGAAAAAAGCUCUGCCUCCGAAUCAUCCCUAUUUGGCUACUUCCUACAACAAAAUCGGUCUCGUGUAUAACAACAUGGGUGACUAUUCGAAAGCACUUGAAUUUUACGAAAAGUCACAUCAAAUAAGAGAAAAAGCUCUGUCUCCGAAUCAUUCUUCAUUGGCUCCUACGUACAGCAACAUCGGUCAAGUGUAUAACAACAUGGGUGACUACUCGAAAGCACUUGAAUUUUAUGAAAAAGCACAUAAAAUCGAUGAAAAAGUUCUGCCUCCGAAUCAUCCUUGGUUGGCUACUUCCUACAGCAACAUCGGUCAAGUGUAUAACAACAUGGAUGACUACUCGAAAGCACUUGAAUUUUACGAAAAAUCACUUAAAAUCUACGAAAAAGUUCUGCGUCCGAAUCAUCCCGAUUUGGCUACUUCCUACAUUUGCAUCGGUACAGUGCAUUUCAACAUGGGUGACUACUCGAAAGCACUUGAAUUUUACGAAAAAUCACAUAAAAUCUACAAAAAAGUUCUGCCUUCGAAUCAUCCCUAUUUGGCUACUUCGUACAACAAUAUCGGUCAAGUGUAUAACAACAUGGGUGACUACUCGAAAGCAUUUGAAUUUUACGAAAAAUCACUUCAAAUAAGAGAAAAAGCUCUACCUUCGAAUCAUCUCGAUUUGGCUGGUAGUCACUUGAGUUUCGCCGCAUGUUACGAACGAAUGGGUGAUUACGCAGCAGCUCUUAAGGCUCUUCAAAGUGCUUUUCAAAUUCAACAACAAGCAUUUCAAGAAGGUAAUCCAGCUUUUGCUUUAACAUAUAGUUGGUUCGGAAGAGUUUAUCGCAGUAUGAAAGAUUAUUCAAAAGCACUUGAUAAUUUGGAAAAGUGUCUCGCAAUAGAUCUAAAAACGUUACCUGAAAAACAUCUCUAUCAGGGUAUUACUUACAGUUAUAUUGGUGAUGUUCAUCGAUUAAUGGGUAAUUAUGAAAAGGCACUUGCAUUUCAUCAAAAAGCAUUAAAUAUUCAAGAAAAUGUUCAAUGUAGCCCUCUUCAAGUUGCAACGACAUAUAUAAAUUUAGGUGAAACUUAUCGAGAAAUGAAAGAUUAUUUAACAGCAUUGACAUAUUUUCAAAAAGGAUUAGACAUAUGUCAAAAGAAAUUACCAAAAAAUCAUCCUGAUUUAGCUAUAAUUUUUCAUAAUAUGGCAAAACUAUAUUUAGCUGUCCAAAAAUAUAGUAUGGCAAUGGAAAAUGUCCAACAAGCGGUAGACAUCGCUCAGAAUAAGUUGCCUCCAAAUCAUCCUCAUCUGUUGAACUAUAGACAAACAUUUAAAGAAGCGCAAAAGAAUAUGUAA